AUGGUGCCGGCUGUCGACCUGGAGGAUUACGAGACGAUAUCCUCAGACGAGGUCCCUGGGGCGCAUGUUCAGUGGCCUGGCACAGUGUGCUGGCUGCAAUUCCCAAAGUGCGGUUGCUGGGGCUGCUUCGAUGAGUUCAACCGAAUCGAUGUCUCCGUGCUGUCUGUCGUCGCCGUGCAGAUCAUGACCAUCCAGAACGCCUUGAAGGAAGAGAAGGAGAAGUUCAUGUUCGAGGACAUCUUGAUCAGCUUGAAGCGAACUUGUGCCGUCUUCAUCACCAUGAACCCUGGCUAUGCGGGACGAUCAGAGCUUCCGGACAACUUGAAGGCCCUGUUCCGACCUGUGGCGAUGAUGGUCCCCGAUUUGGCCAUGAUCAUGGAAAUCAUGCUGGUCUCGGAAGGCUUCAAAGACUUCAAGAUGCUAGCAAAGAAGAAGUUCACGCUCUACCAGAUGAUGUUGCAGCAAAUGUCGAAGCAGCAUCACUACGACUUUGGCCUCCGAAACAUCAAGUCCGUCUUGGGCUGCGCUGGAGCUUUGAAGCGCAAGGCCGACCCGGACACACCGGAGCAGAUCUUGCUCAUGCGCGCCAUCAACGACAUGAACGCGCCCAAGUGGGUUUCGCAGGAUGUACCGCUCUACGAGGCGCUUCUGAGUGACAUCUUCCCAGGAGUCGAGCUGCCGAUUCCGAACUAUGGCAAGCUGGAAGAAGUCAUCAACCAGGUUCUCGAUGAGAUGGGCUGCCAGAAAGUGAAGCACUCUGUGGCCAAGUGCAUCAGCAUCUACGAGACGAAGAUCACCCGUCACGGCAACAUGUUGGUUGGCGGAACUCUGGGCGGCAAGAGCGUCUGCUGGAAAGCCCUUGCCAAGGCGAAAUGCAUCCUCAAGUCCAUGGGCCAGGAAGGUAUGGAGAAGGUAAUCUACGAGAUUAUCAAUCCCAAGUCGAUUACCAUGGGCGAGCUCUACGGCCAAUAUGAUGAGGCCACAAUGAUGGAGUGGACCGACGGUGUGCUGUCCUCCAUCAUGCGCCGCAUGUGCCAGGAUGAGAAGCCUGACGAGAAGUGGCUUUUGCUGGACGGCCCAGUGGACACGCUGUGGAUCGAGUCCAUGAACACUGUGCUGGACGACAACAAGGUCCUCACUUUGAUCAACGGCGACCGCAUCUCCAUGCCUCCGAUGGUUCGAUUGCUUUUCGAAGUCGCGGACCUUUCCCAGGCGUCACCAGCAACCGUGUCUCGAGCCGGCAUGGUCUACUUCGACCCACCGGACCUGGGCUGGGAGCCGUACUUUACUUCCUGGGUGCAGAAGUUCGUUCCUGCGAACCGACAGGCCGAUGUCACUGCUCUAGCCGAGAAAUGGAUUCCCAAAUGCCUAAAGAUGCGGAAGUCUUGCCAAGAGCUGGCGCCGAUCGUCGACGCCAACGCCGUCAUCUCCCUGACACGCUUGUACGAGACCUUUGCCCCCAAGAUUGACGUCGAGGCCUUCGGGGAGAAGUCUGGUGAGGCUUUGGAAAAGCUCUUCGCGUAUUCGCUGAUUUGGUCUUUGGGCUCCUCCAUCACAGAGACCUCACGGCCCGCCUUCGAUCAGUGCGUGCGGGAGAUCGAGAACUUCUUCCCAGCUUCGCAUCCCAUCUACGACUACAGCUUCAAUUUCGACAAGGCCGACUGGCAGACGUGGGAGGAGAAGCUGCCGAAUCCCUUUAAGCCUGGGGAGGAUACUCCAUUCCACCGUAUCAUCGUGCCGACGACCGACACCAUCCGCAACAUGUUCAUCCUCAACUCUCUGAACGCCAAGCAUUUCCACAGCCUUCUGGUCGGUGCGACUGGCACGGGAAAGACCAUCGCUGUGCAGCAGGCCAUUUCAGAGCUCGAUGACACGGCUUGGACCUCUCUCACGAUCAACAUGUCGGCAAUGACAUCGUCAGGCAAGACUCAAGAGAUCAUCGAGAGCAAGAUCGAGAAGCGCAUCAAGAACAAGUUCGGGCCGGCGGGCAACAAGCGAAUGCUGAUGUUCGUGGAUGACCUGAACAUGCCCAGGAAAGACACCUUCGGCUCGCAGCCACCUCUGGAGUUGUUGAGGCAGUGGAUGGACUAUGGCUGCUGGUACGACCGCGUGAAGCAGACGCUGAGGUAUGUCGAGGGCAUUCACAUGGUUUCAGCCAUGGGUCCUCCAGGAGGUGGCCGCGCGGUGAUCUCGUCACGGUUGCAAUCUGCAGCCAACAACCUUUGCUUCGUGAAUCCGGCAGACAGCCAGAUCAGGCGAAUCUUCAUGACCCUGGCGAGCAACAAGCUCAACGAGUUCCGCAACGAAGACAUCAAAGCCCUGUCAGAGCCGCUGACCAUGACGACCAUCGCCAUUUAUAGCCAGAUCAGCGAAGGAUUCCUUCCGACCCCGGAGAAGUGCCACUACCUCUUCAACCUCCGCGACAUCGCCAAGAUCUUCCAAGGCGUGUACCUGGCCGACUCCAAGGUCCAUGAGGAGAAAGAGCAGAUCAUCCGGCUCUGGUACCACGAGUGCUGCCGUGUCUUCAUGGAUCGGCUGAUCAACCACGAGGACCGCGAGAAACUCCGUGGCUUACUGGAUGCUGCCAUGGACAACGGCCUCCAGGUCCGAAGCAAAGAGAUUGAUGGCGGCGACCCGGAUUUCGUUUUCGCCGCCCUGGAUUUGACGAAUCCCGAAGCUGAGGAUGCGACGUACGACUACAUGCAGGAUCGCAAAGGCCUCAAAGCUUUCAUGGAACAGAAGAACGAGGACUACAACACCAUGUUCAAGAAGUCACCCAUGUCUUUGGUCAUGUUCAAAGAGGCCGUGGAGAUCUGUUGCAAGAUUCUGCGCAUCCUGAAGCAGCCACAGGGAAAUGCGCUUCUGAUUGGCGUCGGUGGAUCGGGCCGCCACUGUCAAACCCGACUGGCUUCAUACUUGGCCUUCUACAAGUGCUUCUCUAUCGAGAUCACCAAACAGUACAAGCACCAGGCCUUCUUGGAUGACAUGAAGCGCCUUUACGAGCUCACCGGCGUGAAGAACCAGGCCAUGACCUUCCUCUUCUCGGACACGGAGAUUGUGGAGGAAAGCUUCCUGGAAGAUGUUGCCAACAUGCUCUCCAGUGGCGAGGUGCCGAACCUGUUCACCAGCGAUGAGCUUGGGACCAUCCGCAGCGGUUUGGAGAAGGCGGCCAAGGAGCAGAAGAUCAACCAGACAGCAGAAGCCAUGUACGACUUCUUCAUCUCAAGGGUGCGGACGAACCUGCACAUCGUCUUCUGCAUGUCCUACAUCGGCAGCAACUUCCGCGACUACUGCCGAAUGUACCCCUCGCUUGUCAGCUGCACCACGGCGAUUUGGCUGCUCCCCUGGCCUGCAGAGGCUCUGACAGAGGUUGCCCUGAAAUUCCUCACGGAAGGUGAGCUGGAGGAGCAUCUGCGUGCUCCUGUCGCCGAGAUUUUCGGCGCCGCGCACACGACGGUCAUGCGCUUCUCCACUCGCAUCUACCAGGAGCAGAAGCGCAUGAACUACGUGACACCCACGAACUACCUGGAAUUGGUCCAGGGCUACAUGGGCAUGCUGAAGGACAAGCAGAAGGAGCUCGGCUCUGCCGCAGACAAGCUGCGCAACGGCCUUUCGAAGCUUGACGAUGCCCGAGUGCAAGUGGCAGAGAUGAGUGUCGAUCUUGAAGAGAAGCAGAAGAUCUGCGACGUCAAGGCCAAGGAAUGCGAGGAGCUGCUGAAAGUCAUCACGGCUGAGCGAUCCAAGGCCGACGCGCAGCAAGCGCAGGUAGAAGCGGACUCCAUCCGAAUCGAGAAGGAGGCCAAGGAGACAAAGAUCUUGGCGGAUGAUGCCACUCGCGAUCUCGAGAAGGCCAUGCCAGCUCUCGAUGCGGCUGUCGAUGCCCUUGAGAAGCUGGACAAGAAGUCCAUUGCGGAGGUCAAAGCUUACGCCAAGCCGCCCGAAGCCGUGAUGAAGACCAUGUGCGCCGUGAUGACGGUCAUGGAGAAGACGCCUUCAUGGGGCCAGGCCAAGACGGAGCUGAACGACACGAACUUUUUGGUGCGCAUCAAGACCUUCGACAAGGACAACAUCAAAGACACCACGCUGCGCAAGAUCGAGAAGUUCACCAAGGACGCGAACUUCACGCCCAAGUUGGUGAUGAAUGUCUCCCUGGCGGCCGGGGCAUUGUGUCAGUGGGUGCAUGCCAUGAAGAUCUACGCCGAGAUCUAUCGUGAGGUGGAGCCGAAGAGGAACAAGCUCAAGUCCGCUCAGGACAAGCUAGAGGCCAAGCAGAAGCAGCUUCGAGAGGCCAAUGCGGAACUCAAGAAAGUCCAGGACCUGGUCAAGAACUUGAACGACCAAUUCUCUGCCUCCAACAACGAGAAGGAGACGCUGGCGCGGACUGCAGAAGAGUUGAAGAUCAAGCUUGAGAGAGCAGGCAAGCUGGUCGACGGCCUGGCCGGUGAGAAGGUCCGCUGGACUGAGUCUUUGGGCAAGUUCGACGUUCAGCAAGAAUGCCUCUUCGGCGAUUGUCUCAUCUCGGCGGCCUUUAUGAGCUAUGCCGGCCCCUUCGGAGCGACCUAUCGCGAUGAGCUCGUCGGCGGUGAGUGGAUGAUGUCGGUGAAGGAGAAGGAAGUACCGGUGACCUCGAGCUAUACAUUUGCGAGCUUCCUGGCAAAGCCGACGGAAGUGCGCGAGUGGAACCUUCAAAAGCUGCCGGCGGAUGACUUCAGCACUGAGAAUGGAGUGCUGGUGACGAAGAGCCGGCGCUUCCCGCUGAUGAUCGAUCCACAGAAUCAGGCAAACACGUGGGUCCGGAAGAUGGAGGAGUCCAGGCAGCUAAAGGUCUUCGACCCCAACUCCAAGGAUAUCAUGAAGUCGCUCGAGCGUGCGAUUGAGUUCGGCACACCGGUGCUCUUGGAGAACGUUGCCGAGGAGCUUGAUCCAUCACUGGAGCCGAUCCUGGCCAAGAACAUCAUCGACACCGGUGGAGGCAGUCUCUCCAUCAAAGUGGGCGACAAUGUUCUGGACUACAAUCCUCAGUUCAUGUUCUACAUCACCACGAAGCUGUCGAAUCCGCACUACACGCCCGAAGUCUCCACGAAGACGACUAUUGUGAAUUUCAUCGUGGUCCUGGAUGGCCUUACCAACCAGCUUCUGGGGGUGAUUGUUCGAAGCGAAGACUCGCGCUUGGAGGACGAGAAGAACAAGCUGGUCUUCCAAGUUGCAAAAGGCAGAAACCGGUUGGUGGAGCUCGAGAACGACAUUCUGCGUCUUCUUGCUGAGACGAAGGGCUCCCUCCUGGACGACCUGAGCUUGAUCGACACGCUGCAGGAGUCCAAGGUGAUCAGUACACAGACCACGGAACAGGUGGCCAUUGCCGAGCAGACCAUGAUCAAGAUCGAUGCAGCCAGAGAGAACUAUCGUCCUGCUGGUCUGCGCUCGGCGGUGUUGUACUUCGUACUAAACGAUCUCGUGGCCAUCGAUCCGAUGUACCAGUUCGCUCUGGCAGCCUACGAGCUCCUUUACAUUCAGAGCAUCGAGAAGAGCGCGGAGAAGAAAAUCUCGGUUGGAGGUGUGGAAGAGCGCAUCGAAGACCUCAACGCUUUCCACGCCCUGGCGGUCUACAAGUACGGCUGCCGCGCGAUCUUCGAGAGGCACAAGCUGCUCUUGUCCCUGCACCUGUGCGCGCAAGUCUUGAAGUAUUCCAAUGACCUCAACGAGACGGAGUUCUCUUUCUUCCUCUUCGGCGGGCAGGUCUUUGACCGUUCCGGACAAGCCGCCAAUCCGUCUCCAGACUGGAUCAACCAGAGCAUGUGGGAUAACAUCAUCGAGGCUGACUCCAAGCUCGAGUCCUUCAAAGGCUUCCAGACGUCGCUGGAACAGUCGCUGCGUGACUGGAAGAAGUGGUACUCCGGGGCAGAGCCAGAGAGAGAUGCCCUGCCCGGCGAGUGGCAAGAGCGCUUGGAUCCGCUUCAGAAGUUGAUCAUCGUGCGUUGCAUCCGUCCGGACCGUGUCCUCCCGGCAGUGCAGGUCUUUGUCGCUUUGAAAUUGGACCAGAAGUUUGUGGAGCCGCCACCGCUCGACUUGGAAGCGAUUUAUGAGGCCACCGGCCUGCGAAAGUCGGCGAGCAUGCCCGUGCUAUCCACCACUUUCGACCUUGACAUCGAGGCACAUGUGAGCGAGACGCAGCAGCGUGAGUAUGUCAACAGCUUGCCAAAUCAGGCUGCUCCGGCGCCGCACCCUGCGAACAGAGCUGACGAUAGCCCCGUGAUGGUGGAGGAGCAGGUGCAGACGCCUGCAGAGUCCGUCGUCGCACAACACGGCGAGGUCGAAGAUGAGCAGGAAACUGAAGAAUGCUUCCCGCCGCCGAG